GGGGAGAAGCCAUCAGAGUUCAAGGACUGGGGACUGCGCGCUGUCAAUCCUUUCUGGGCAGACUUACCUCACGCCAACGUCUUCUCCGCCCUGACUCCCGAUAUCCUGCACCAAUUACACAAGGGAGUGUUCAAAACCCAUCUCGUGAGCUGGGCUACGGCGGCGAUAGAGGGCGGUGCGGAUGAGAUCGACCGGCACUUCAAGGCGAUGCUCAAGCACUCUGAUCUGCGCUACUUCAAGAGCGGCAUCUCCCUCGUGUCCCAAUGGACGGGAACCGAAUUCAAGAACAUGGAGAAGUCGUUCCUAGGAGUCGUCGCAGGCGCAGUCGACGAGCGCGUCACUCGGGCUGUCCGUGCCGUGCUAGACUUCAUCUAUCUUGCUCAUUUCGAGACUCACACGGACAGUUCGCUCGAAGCCCUCCACCAAAGCUGGCUCGACUACCACAAGUACAAGGUGGUCUUUGUCGAGCUCGACAUCCGCGAGCAUUUUAACUUCCCCAAAGGUCACUCAAUGGAGCACUACGAGCCAUCAAUUCGCUCAGUGGGUACUGCUGACGGCUACAGCACAGAGCACCCGGAGCGCUUGCAUAUCGACUUCGCAAAACUCGCGUACGGGGCCAGCAACAAACAAGCGUCCUAUAUUCAACAGAUGACCCGAUGGCUAGAGCGCCAGGAGGCUGUCCACCGGUUCGCGUCGUACUUGGAAUGGGCU